ACAAUAAGCUUUAAUACAACAUAAAGAAAAUGCUGUUGCGUUCAAGAAGUAUUAUAUUGGCAUGCACCCGUACUUUCACCACCCGGGUGAACCUUUCGAGAAAACUUGGUCAAAGUGUGCCAAUAACCUAUCCCAGGCUUUCGAUGCGUACAAUGACAACUGCCAGUCGGCCCAUGUGGUAUGCGGCACAUCAUGACAACCACAAAACAUGUUGGAAGUGCGAGGCGCCUGUUCCUAAUGUUGAUCUUCAUUGUGACAAUGAAGAUUGUGGGGCGAUUCAGCCUGUGCCUUCUGACAUUAAUUUCUUUAGAUUACUCCAUGUAGGAAAGGGACCUAACCAUGAUGAGCCAACAUUCGACGUAGACACCAAAGCCUUGAGAAUGAAGUUUUUGCGAUUGCAGCAAAAGGCACACCCAGAUAGUUAUUCUCAGGCAUCAAAGCACGAAUAUUCCCUGGCCCAAACCCAAUCUUCUGUGAUCAACAAAGCCUACAAUACACUGUUGGACCCUCUUGUGCGCGCACACUAUAUGCUGUCCCUCAAGGGUAAGCAGGUGAGUGAGUCGGAAUCCCUUCAGGACCCUGAACUUUUGAUGGACGUAAUGGAAUUCCGUGAGGAACUGGAGGAGGCAGAGACUGAGGAAGAUGUAGCAAGACUCAAGAAGGUUAAUGAUGAAAAGUACCGUGAGGCUGUUCAACAUAUCUCGGGAGCAUUUGGCAAGGGAGAUUAUGAGCUCGCAAAGGAAUACACCGUUCAAUUACAAUAUUGGGCAAGGAUUCGCCGGGUCAUUAUCGAUUGGUCGCCUGGGAAAAGAGUGGAGAUCCAGCAUUGAAGCAUAUGCCGAUAAUUAAACGUGCAUAUAUACAUUUAUGAAAAAAGUGUGAAAUCCCACUUGGAUUUCUCACGAAUAAUAUAUAUAUAUAUAUAUAUAUUAUAUUUUCUAUUUUAUACAGUGAAUCCAACAAGCAAUAUCACAGCCAAUUAAAAUCUAUAUAAUAGACCAAUC